UCGUUAGCAUCAAGAACAUUUUAUCCUAAAAGUGCUCUUAUUUCGAAAAAUAUACUAUUAUUUCCUAAAUAAUUCCUUUCUGAAAGUAAAUUUAAUACUUCGAUAUGGAAAAUAUGUUGGUAGCACCUGAGGCCACUAGUGAUUUUGACUUAACAAAAACUAAAGUACUGAUCGAUAUUUUGAAAGAUCAUAAUACAUUCGAUCAUGUAAAGGCAAUGGAGAUGUGUGAAUGGUACAAAAAAAAUGAAUCAAAUACAUAUCCAUUUGAAAACGAUUUGCAUCUAGAUGAGAGUCCAAACAAUCCGCUUCUGAUAAAAAAUCAUCUAUUGCGUUUGUUGGGAGAUCAUUGUUCUGGUCGAGAUUCCCGCAUAUAUUAUGUUUUGAAACAGAAACAAAUGCGAGUCAUAUAUAACAUUGGUGCAAGAAAAACCCUUUAUGCCGGUUUUCAUUUAUAUAAUUCACCAAAAGUUGAAGAUGAUACAUUGAAAACAGUUGAGAGAAUUAACGCUAUAAGAUUACUACAAGAAAGUGCUGGAAUAUUUGAAUAUGUGAAAAGUAAUUCUCCAUCGACAUCAAAAUGGACUGAAUAUGAUCUACAGGGAUUGACAGAUCUUAUGUUGGCCCAAGCACAAGAGUUACAUGUUUUGAAGGCAGUCGAAGAAGGAGUUAAUCCAAAGGAAACUGCUUCGCUGGCAUUUGCAUGUAAAGAAUUGUACUCCAACUCACUCAAAACAUUGAAUCGUUCAAAUGAAUUUAUUUUAUUGGGCUCUCACUCAGCUUGCUUUCGAAAGGUUACUGCUAAAGAGGCUGAAUUGGGUCUUGUCGCCGAAUAUUACCAGAGUUUGUUUUGUCAAGAAAAUGGUGAUAUCGCCGAAGAAAUGGUUCGAUUACAAAAAGCAAGUGAUUACUUUAAAACUAGCAGCUUGCUUUUGGAUUAUCCAUUAUCAAUCAAGCAUCUUCGACGUCAUCAAUUUGCCAUCAAACUUGGUUCUUCAAUCAAUAAACGAUUAUUACGUUUGGAAAGACUUAAACAAACGCCAAAAGCGUCAGAACUUGAUGAGCCAGAGAAAAAUCGAUUGGUAGAAAUUAUUCCAUUUAACGGAUUCAAAAAAAUUGUCGAUCAGUUUUUCCCGAAGUCCCUCACUAAGUCCUCCACAUCCGUCGAAGACUAUGUCGAGACCAGCAGCAUGCUAAUGGAUCCAGUAAAUUUAGAUUUGAAGCGCCCAUUUCAUUUUGAUUAUGGUUCUCCAGUCUUAAAAUGUGGUACUCCAUCCUUCACAUUUGGUUGUCCAGUCAUAAAAUGUGGUUCUCUAUCCUUUACAUUUGGUUCUUCAGUUAAUGAACGAUUGUCACAUUUGGAAAGUCUUAAACACACGCCAAAAGCAUCAGAAAUUGAUGAGCCAGAGAAAAAUCGAUUGGUAGAAACUGUGCCAUUUAACGGAAUCAAAAAAUUGGACGAUCAGUUUCUCCCGAAGUCCCACACUAAGUCCACCACAUCCGCCGAAGACUAUGUCGAUAAAAUGAUAAACAUCGAACUGAAAAAAUUGCGUAAAGCCAACGAGUUUCUGUUAGAAAAUCCAAUUCUUGAAUUUCCUCGUGGAAUUUAUGUUUACACAGAUAAAAAUUUCCCAGAAACACUUUUAUCUAAAGCCAGAGACAUGCAUCAAAAGGGCGGAUUUGAAGAAUUGCUGCGAAAACUGAAUGCAUCGAGUGAUGUCCUUAAGCAAAUUGAAGACAUGUGGAUAAAUUGUGAUUAUAUGUUGAACGAAGAGAACAAGGAUGAUUUACGAUUGCGUGAACUAUUCAAAGAAAAAUGGACUCUUGUUCCAUUUAAUGAGCAAACCCAAAUAUUUCGCACCAAUGCCGGGAAACUUCGUGAAUUUAUCAAUAAAGCUAAGCAAGUCGAUAAAAAUGCUCAUAAACUAUUCAAUGAGCAUUCGAGCGGAAUUGAAGGAAUCGAAUUACAAAUGGCAAGGGUUGCUUAUGGUUAUCUCAAAAACCGCUUCUCACACGAAGAAUUUCUUUCCAACCAAACCGAAUGUGAUGAACUUUUCAAUAAGGAGCUGAACUGGUUACGUCGUGAAAUCGAAGAGAACCAAGAAAAUCAAAAUUACCGAAUUACUUGGAGUAAACAACAUAGAAAAGAUAUAUUGAAAACAUUUAUGCGCUCAGAUCAAUCAGCGGAAAACACAAUUUCGAAUGAUGUCACGUCGAAUGAAGUGAUCAUCAAUGGACUAACCAAGGCCUAUGACAGUUUUGUCAUUCUGUGGAAUGACCUAAACGAAGCUGAUGAGUUCUACAAAAAAUUGACUAUACAAUUGACCAAUUUCGAGAAAGAUGUAUCUGAUACUUGCCUUAAGCGGCAGUCUGAGAAAAAUGAACUAUUACAUUUUUUGGGAUAGCCUACCACACGGGUCAGCAAUUCUGUGCAUUCUUUUUUUCAUAAUUAUUCAUGUACUUACUACAUUUUUUUCCUAUAAAAUAUUAUGUCAUUAUCAUUUAAAAGAUCGAUCAAUUUUGAUACUUGUCUAGUUCUUUUUGUUUUACA